AUGUAAUCCCCCUUUCCAAGAAAGAAAUAUCCUUCUAAAACAAUUGUUGUUAGAAAGAAUAAUCAUUUGUUCUAAUCAGCUGAGCCAGGGGACAAAAAACUCAAAUCCUCCAAAGUGAGCAAAGGAACAAAAAGGAAAGGAAAUGUACUCGACAACUAAGAACUUUUUCAAAUUAAUAAAGCGACAUAAAAGGCGUAGCAUAGUUCUGAGUCAGAAUCAGAUAGCGAUGAUUCAUUUUAGAAAUCUGUCUUAUCGGAGAGCUCAAAGUCAAGUAUAAGAUCAGCAAAAACAAUAAAAUCAAAGUCUUCUAAGAGACAGAAAAACAACAUAAAGGAUUUGACUUAAAACCUCAUAUAGUAAUACCAAACCAUCCUAAGAAAAGCUGACAGCCAAAUGACGUAGCAGAAACAGGAAGAAAUAUAGUAAAAGAUGCUUGAUAGAAUAGCAGAGUAAGCAACUGCGCAGAUGUAUGUACAGCCUUAUAAGGACAGCAGCGAAUAUGAAAGUGACGAAGAAAAUUCUGAUCAUCUAUCAUAAUUAUUUUCAGACUUGGCCAAAGAAGAUAACAAGUCUGAUAAGUCGGAUAAUUCAAUAGUAAGCCUUGAGGUGAUUUAAGCACAAAAUCUCAUAACCAAUAGAUCUGUAAAUAACAUUUAGUCUCCUGGAACACCUGAAUCAUCGAUUUAGAUUCCGAAUGUAGAUUUAAGUACAACAAACGUUAAGCAUAGAAUGUCAAAUUUUCAUAGUGCUUUUGCUGGUUUCAGUCAUCUGUCUGUUACGGAAUAAUCUCAAUCGUCUAAUGAAAUUGAAAUUGAUCAAUUAAAUAAGCUCUAAAACCACUAUGGGAAGAUCUAUUAAAAAUUGAGUAGUGUUAAUGGAGCAUUGCACAUAAAAUUUAGGAAAAUGAGAAGUUUCUCAAAGUAUAAAUAACUUUAUAGUUCUUAUUAAGAUGGCUAUCCUUUAUUAAAACUAAGAAUGAUCUUCGCUUAUUGUUAUUUGACAACAAAAAGAUUAUCCAAAAUAAUAGUCAGAUCUAGAAUAUAUUAAUAUCUAUUGACCUUUGUAACUUUAGGAAAUAUCAUUUUAUUUAUCUAUGAGCAUUUAAACCAUGACAAUUAGAACUUAUUUGCAAUUAAUUUUGGUUUCUUGUGGUUGUAUGUAGUUGACAUUGUGCUACAAUUGUUCGCUUUUGGGUUGUUUAGAUCUAAAUUUAUAUUUCUAGGAAGAGUGAUUGAUGCAUUUCUAAUAGUGAUGUUUUAUUAUCAUUUAGCUUAUACAGAAACUGUUGUAAACAUUACACCUUUAAGAAUGAUGAGAUUACUCAAACAAUUAGGAGCAAUAUUUGAGGGAUUGUAAAGGAUGAUUGAGGCUUUGAUAGAGUCACUAAAAUUCAUAUUUGAAUCUACUGCUGUUGUUAUAUUGUUUGUCUUAUUUUUUGCAUCUUUAGGCAACUCUCUAUUUAUGAGUUUAUUCAAUGAGCGUUGUUUGCCGUCGGAAGAGGAUGAAUGGAUUUAAUGUAUCUAAGGAGAAUGUCCAGAUGGUAAGACUUGUGUGAUGACAAAUAAGGCCUUUAACAUCCCUACCAAUUUUAAUAAUAUCAUAUACUCUUUUGGUUUGAUGCUAAAGACAGUUACUAUGGAUGAUUGGAGUUGGGUAAUGUAUUACACAAUAAGGGCCUUUCAUCCAAUAGUGUGGAUAUAUUAUGUCUUGAUUAUUUUUGUUGGUGGUUUUUUUGGAUUUAAUUUGCCUAUAGCUGUCUUUAAGACUCAUUUUAGUGAAAUGUAGUUCAGAUCAAUCUCAAAUUAGGAUGAGAAGGUUGAGGCCAUCAGCAAAUUAUAGUUAAAAAAAAUAGGGUUUUUUCAUUAUGUGAACCAAAUGAAUAAUUAUCUAUUUUCUAAAUAGCAAAGCAUUUUAAUCGAAGAACCCAGAAUAAAUAAGCUUAAUUAAGCUUGGGAUAUAUAACCAAAAUUAUUAUUAGGAAGUAUGAUUAAUCAGUCCAAGAUAGGUGAGAGCAAUUUCACCCAAUUUAGGAAUACUUUUAAAAACUUUUCAUUAAAACAUAUUCUACUUCCAAAAUUAAAUGAUAUUACUAAGUUUUAUAAUAAUUUAGAUAUCAAAUUAUUUACUUAGGAUCUUAAAUAACAAAUGAUAAUUAAAUAAUUUAGUAAAUCGUCGUUUUUGUUGGAGAAGUAUAUUGAUUACAAUUUUCAUUAUGUACCCACCAGUUAAAUUGAUAUUCUGAGGUAAUCAAUGUUUUUAGUGUUAAAAAAGACAGAAAAUAAACCAUUUAGCGGAUAAAAGAAAAAGAAAUUUUAUUAUAAGCCAAUUUAGAUUAAAAAUAAAAUUAUUUAGAAUCCUAGAACCAGCAGAUCAGAGUUAACCGUAGCAAGUUCAUAAAUAUCUGAGAAUAAGAAAAUGAUGUUACCAAUCAAGUAGUCUUAAAGGAUUAAAAAAGAUAACAUUAACACAUCUGAUUUACAUGGAUCGAAAUCUAGUUCAAGUUCAAACAAUCUAACCCAGGGUUAUUAAAUAAUGUAGGAAACGGGAAGAAGGAAGCAUCCUUAUUUUAUUAACUAGCACUCAAAAAAUUUAGAAAGUGAGAAAUGGGAUUUUACUCAAUAUAACAAUGGGGAAUUGAAGAUCCUUGUAAAUGGUGUUUAUUUGGAUUAUUUGAGUGUUCAAAAGAGAAUCAAUGCUAACAUUCAUUAAAAAAACUAAGAAGGUCCUAGAGGAUAGGAAGAAUAUACUUAAUUGAGGAGAAAAGAGUUUGAAAAGAAAAUAAUCAAGGCAAAGCAUUGGUCAGGAAAUAAUGUUUUGAUUAGUUCUCAAGCAUUAAUCCAGAAAUUUGAUGAUAUCUUUAAAAGCCUCAAUCAAAAGGAUAUUGAGAUCUGGCCAAAGUCAUUAAGUGGAAUUAUACUUAAUUUAAGAAAGUAUGCCUUUCAAAUUAUUCAUUUCAAAUUAACUAAGUUUUUGUUUGAUUUGACUAUUCUAAUAAAUACUCUGUUUUUAGCACUUCAAGGUACCAUAAAUAGAAACAUAAUUGAUAAUGAGGAGGAUAUAGCUACGGUGCUCUUAUCAACUGAAAUAAUAUUGCAAUUAAUUGUGUAUUAACCAAAAAGAAUAGCUAAAAAUAAACAUCAUGUAAUUGAACUUUUGAUUGUGAUACUUAGUUUAAUAGAGUUUGGAUUUAGUAGCUAUUUGAAUGUGAGUGAAUAGUAUCUUAGAUUGAUGAGAUCAACGAAAUGUCUCUUAUUCUAUAGGUGCAUACUUUACAUUUAGAUGGCUAGGAUAAUAGGAGCAAUAGCUUCAAUUACUUAUAAAUCUUAUAUUUAUCUGACAUUUUUAAUGUUCUUCAUGAUCUUAACUUUUGGAUUGAUAGGAAUGGAAUUAUUCGCAAAUAAGUUUGAUGAAUAUCACAACAAAGGAUACAUGUAAUCUUUUGAUGAUCCAGCAAAGGCAUUUAUGACAGUUUUUAAUAUUAUGACAAAUGAUGAUUGGUUUGGAGUUUAUCGUAUUGGUACUGAAGUUUAGACUGAAUUAGCAGUGACUUUUUCAAUUGCUUUAGUGUUUACUUUAAAUUAUUUUAUUUAUGGCAUUAUGAUGGCUAUUUUGCUGGAUGGAUUUAGUUAAUAUUUGGAAAGGGAAUCUUCUAAUGAGGAGAAUGAGUUUAUGAAGGAAAAAAUUAAGUAGAUAAACAAACUUAAUAAAUAAUUAGAUUCAGAUCAAACUGAUGAUGAUUCUGAGAGUGAAAGCUCGAAUUCUAGUUCUUCUUCAAUUAAACAAUAUAAAGAAUUAGCCAACAAUGUUAUUGUUAAUAGUAAUAGAAAUUAAAGGAGAGAAAGCACAUCUCCAGAGAACAUGUUAGCAUCAUCAAGUAAUGUUAGAGAAUACCAGUAAAAGAAAGACAGCUGUUUUACAGAAAAACUGUUCCAUUCUCUUUAAUUUCCUCCCACUAGAAAUAGAAGACCUGAUAUUAUUAAUGACUAAAAAAAGAAGAUCAAGGAUGAUUUCAAUAGGUUGAAAAAUAAAACCAAUAUCAAUAUAAAUCAUUUAAAGGCUUAAGAAUCAAAAAAAAUCAAAUUAAUAUAGGAGAACAUUGAAUCAAUUGAAAGACAACUUCUUAAGCAAAAUCCAAAAUUAUACACUGGCAAUGAUUGUCUCUAAUCUUAUUAUAUAUUCCACAAAUCCAAUAAUUUUAGAAAACUACUCUUCAAAGUCAGUUAGAGCGAUUAUACCAAAUAUUUCAUAGACAUCACUUUAUUAUUAUCUAUUACAUACUUAGCCAUACCAAGUGAUAUUCAAAAAGACCCUUUGCUUGUUACUUUAUUAUUUAUCCUGAACUCUAUAAUUUUUAUAGAAUUUAUUAUCAAAUCGAUUGCUUAUGGAGCAUUCUUAGAUAAAGGAUCUUAUCUUAAUUAUACAUGGAAAAUUAUUGAUUUGGCUUACAUAGUAAUUUAUUAUGUUCAAUUUUUUAAAAUCGGAUAUUUGCCAAUUUUUGAAGUUAUUGAGACCUUUUUGUUUUUUAGACCUUUGAAGUUACUCUACAGAAUACGAUGGGUAGCAAGAGUGAGGGCAGCAUUGACUCAAUCUUUAUUUGAUAUUAUAAAUGUUUUUGUAGUCUUAUUGUUGGUUUGGUUGAUGUUUGCUGUUUUUUCUAUGAUGCUUUAUGCAGAUAAGUUGGGUUACUGUGAGGAACAAUUCAAUUAUGAUAUUGGGAUUGAGGAAUGCAAAUAAUUAAACAAGUCGUGGAUAGUCUACAAGCACAAUUUCGAUAAUAUUACAACUGCAAUGCCCAGCCUUUUUGUUAUAUCAACAUUUGAUGGAUGGGGUGCAAUCUUAUGGGCAUCUCAAAAUAGUAGAGAGUCGUAUUCUGGUCCUCAUCCAUACUAUAGUUAGGCUCCUACUUAUGUUUUUUAUAUUGCUUUUUGCACAAUUGGAUCUAUGUUCUUUUUGCAACUGUUUACUGGAGUUCUGUUCAUAAAUCUGAAGGCAAACUCAAAAUAGAUUGAGAAUCAACAAUUGACUCAGGCACAGUUGGAAUUCAAGAAUGUAACUGAAAUCAUUUUGUUUGAUCAUCCAGUUAGAUCUUCGUUGCCUAAAUCGUACAUUAGGAAGGUACUAGCCACUAUAAUCACAAGUCAAUUUAUGGAUUUCUUUAUGUUUUCUAUUUUACUUAUCAAUUGUGUCACUAUAAUGAUGAUUUAUCACUCUGCUGAUUUUGAUUAUAAUAGAAUCAUUAAUCUCAUUAAUCAUGCCUGCACUAUCAUAUUCGCUAUUUGGGUGUUGCUCCAAGGCAUAGCUCUGGGAAUCAAUAGAUUCAAAGACAAUCCAUGGAGAUUAUAUACAACUGUGGUUAUCAUUUUGGGGGUAGUUGAUUUAGUGUUAUAUGUGUAUUCUACAUAGUUGACUCCUCAUUAUCAACUACUGAGAGUCAUGUACAUGUUAAGGAAUUUGAGAGUGAUAAUAAUUUUUUAGGGACUCUAGAAGCUUCAGAGGUUGGUGAGAGUGAUUUCAUUUGCUUUUCCCUUUUUGUUUAAGAUCCUGUUUAUUUUAUUAAUAAUAAUGGUGGUUUUCGCUUUUUAUGGAACUAUGUUGUUUGGUCAUAUUGAUAAGGGAGAAGUGAUCAACGAUUUAAUUAAUUUUAAGAACUUUUGGUUAGCAAUACUGACUUUAUUUAAGUGUGUAAGUGGUGAUGAUUUUAGGAGUAUAAUGAAUGAUUGCAUGCAUCAUAAUCCCUAUUGUCAGGAGGAUCCAAAAUAUUGUGGAUCUCCAUAUUCGUAGAUAUAUUUUAUAAUAUUUAUGUUAAUAUCUAAUUAUGUGCUAUUAAAUCUGUUUGUACUGGCAAUGAUUGAACAAUUCGAGUUAUUUUUUAAUAAUCAGGAUUCAAUCUUAUAAACAUAUGUCGAGAAUAUCGAUACCUUUAGGAAGGCUUGGUUUAAGUUUUCUUGUAACCAUGGCCAAUUUUUAAACAUCAAAAACUUGCCCUUCCUCCUGAUGGAAAUAAAGGAACCAUUGGGUUGCAAGCCUUACGAGAAUCAAUGGGACGCAGCUAAAUCCAGUCUGCAAUAUAAUUUGAUAAGUGACGAAGAAAACAGAAUCACUUACAAUCAAUUGCUCUAUGAGAUAUUUUUCCAUAGAUACAAGAAAUUAAUAUUGGGUUAAUGCUCGGAAAUUGCUGCCGAGAAGAUGUCCUAUUAUCACAAGACCAUGAAUUUUCGAUUAGCAUACCAUAGGAGAGGAAUUCCAUUCAGGAGAAGCAACAUAGGACCAUAAUUGAAAUUGAAAGGAAAUUGCAAUGCUCUUUACUUUCAAUUAAUUGCUUUGACUACCUUCAGAGUCUGGAAGAGCUACACUUAAUAGAUGAUCUAAAAUAUCCUCACUGAACAGCAAUACAUUUCUGAUAGAACAAUUAAGGACACUGAACCUAUCAGACAUUCGAUUUCCUUAAAAAGUUUGGAGAGCCAGGAAUCUCGGAUUAAACUCAAUGAUAAACCAAUUUAUUAGAAAAGGAGAUUGGGAAGACUAAAGCGAGUAUCAUUACAGGGUUAAUUGAAUGACUAUUUACCUGGAGAUUUAAUAAAUCCUAAACCUGUUUUGAAAAGAAAGAGCAGUUUUGGAAUUAAUGUAGAGGAAGGCAAUGUUCAGCCAGUCUAUGGCACUGUAAGAGUUCAAAAAAUGAAAUGA